AUGCUGCAGCCGGAGGUGCUGGCACCGCCGAAGAUAUUCUACAACGAGUCGGGGGCGCGCAAGUACACCACCUCCUCCCGCAUCAUCGAAAUCCAGGCAAGGAUCUCCGAGAGGGCGCUGGAGCUUCUCGCACUCCCCGAUGACGGUGUCCUCAAGAUGCUUCUCGACAUAGGGUGCGGUUUUGGGCUUAGCAGCGAGACGCUGACGGGGCAUGGGCGCCACCGGUUUCCUCUCCAGUUUUGUUUUCGACUCAUAGAUGUUGCUCUCGAGCGGGAGACGGAGGGUGACCUCCUGCUCGCAGACAUGGGCGAGAUUGUAAUAUACUAA